GCCUCGCCGUCCGCCGCGGCUCUGCCCGCCGCGCCGAUGUCCCACAGGGCGCGAAGGGGGCAGGAGGAGCAGGAGGAGGAGGGGGCGGAGGAGGAGGAAGCGGCGGCGAGGGGCAGCCAGGCGCGGGCCAAAAGCCACCCGGAGUCCGCGGCGAGCGGCGGCAGGACCCAGGACCGGCAUGAGAGGAAACGGAAGAGGCAGGAGGCGCAGCAGCUCCAGAAGCUCCAGCACCUGGAGUCCUUUUAUGAGAAACCUCCCCCAGGGCUAAUUAAGGAGAAUGAAACAAAACCAGAAGACUGCAUACCUGAUGUACCAGGCAAUGAAAGUGCACGGGAAUUCCUGGCACAUGCCCCGACAAAAGGGCUUUGGAUGCCUUUGGGAAAAGAAGUCAAAGUCAUGCAGUGUUGGAGGUGUAAACGUUAUGGACACAGAACAGGAGAUAAAGAAUGCCCAUUCUUUAUUAAAGGCAAUCAGAAAUUGGAACAAUUUAGAGUAGCACAUGAAGAUCCAAUGUACGAUUUAAUAAGGGAAAAUAAACGUCAUGAAAAAGAAAUGAGGAUACAGCAACUGAAGCAGCUCCUGGAGGACUCUACCUCAGAUGAUGAUGAUAACAGUGAUGACAGUGAUGAGGAUGAUGAAGAUGGCAGCAGCUCCACUUCUUCAGAAUGUCGAGAUAAACACAAGAAGAAAAAGAGAAAGAAGGAAAAGAAAAAAAAAGAAAAGAAGAAGAAGAAGAAGAGAAAGCGUAAAUCAUCUAAAUCUAAUGAGAAGUCAGAAUCUGACUGACAGGAGUCACCUGCUGCAUGCUCAUUGACCCCUACUUGUGAACUGCAAGGAAAGAUCCAAAGAAUGAGGAAGAAACCACCGGAAAGGGCUUCAUUCAACUUAGAUGUAUACAUAUAGCAUCCUACAUGGCUGUCCUCUUUUGCCCCUCUGCAGUGCUGCAGCGAGAAGGAAGAGUGCUGCAUUAAACAAUACUCAAUCAACCAUAUCUUUAUACUGUAAAAAUCUUACCAAGGAUCAUCAGUCUUGGUCAGACUGGGCCUCUGCAUUGCUGCAUGUGACUGUCAGCAGAAAGCAAUGACUACCAAGGUAUUGCCAACAAAUCUGCAGAAUUUGCAGACUGUCUACUGAAGUGUCUUUUCUCCAUGAAGUUAUUUUAUUAUAUACAAAGCCUCAUUUGUAAUGGGACUGCAGUUUGCACCAUGCAGAGCACUGAGAGUUCACUUACAGUGCUUAUACUAAGCAGGUUGUACUGUAUUUUUUUUCUCUGCAUACUGCCUGUGUGCUGAAGUUCAGUGUACUUAUCCUGGUACUGGCAGCUAGGGAAAUAAAGAGCAUUGCUGAAGGGGGAAAAAGUUAAUCAAGGGGAUUUACUUUAAGAUAAAAUUGCAGCGUCAGCAAGACUUGAUUUUUUUUGUGUAGCAAAAUGUCAACAUCACCAUUAAUGCGCACAGUUCUGCAACACCUAAAGCAUUCUCCAAACCACAGGAGUGGGAGCCAAGUGUAAUGAUGUUAGAUGUUCAACUUUACUGUAAAGAUGUAGUGGGUUUAGUUAUUUAAAAAGGGGGGUAUCUUAGAAAUGAAAAAGAUUAAUUUCUACAUACACUUCAGUAUCAGUUGUUUUGAUACAUUUGAGGGGUUUUUUCCUUUUAAAAAGGGUUGGGGAAAUAAAUUCCAACUUAUUUCUUAUGUUUACUAGAAUUAUUUUCUGUAGUAUUAUUAGUAUAAAAGGAUACAAAUGUGUAAAGCUUUCAAAAUGGUUUUCAACUAUAUGCAUGUAAGCCACAGAACAGUAGUAAAGAACGUGUAAGCAGGAGGAAGGGGAAGUUUUGUGUAGUUAAUUGACCUUGUGGACUGACCCCACUUUUCUAUCUUACAGACUCGACUAGAAAGAUUGAGAUAGCUAAAACGCUUUUUGAAACCUUAAGGUACAGUGGUACAAAGCUGUGAUUUGAGGAUCUAGAUGAUAUGUAUUGGUACUCUGCAAAAGGUUAAAGAAAAAUAGAUUUCCUUUGAAAGGACUAGGAAGGAUUUAUAUAGAACUUGGUAUCUGUGCUAACGCUUAUAUUGAAAAAGAAGCAUGAUAAAGCUCUAACAUUAUUGGAGUGAACACUAAAUCAAGGAACCCUAGUCUAAAAAUGCAUUUAAGAUACUUUUUUUUUCUUCUCCUGAGAGCUUUGGAAAAGAGGGCAGGGGCAAGUAUACAUUAAAAUGUGUUUUCUCCCUCCUACAUGUCUAAGAGUCACUUAGUAAAAAUAAACCCCCAUUCCUUGCCAGUCAUUCACAAUAUGUUAUGGGGGAAAAAAAAGGUAGUCAAGACCUAAUUACAAGGAGAUCCUUUAUCUUAUUCCCAGAGCUUGAAUGUGGAGUUGUUUUAUCCUCCAGUAUUUAGCAAAUCUCCCUGUGAUAGGAUUUACUGGCAACUCUUGAUAGUUCCCUGAAUCAGCAGCAUCAUCAAAUUCAAAGCUUCUGGCUCUUUCACCAGAAAGAUUUAACACCUGAAAUGGCAUGAGAAGAUUUCUAAUGGACUGGUUUUCUGCAUUGCCACAGUUGGUGCUGGGCAGAUCCGUGCAUUUAUAGCAUUGGCAAUUGUUGGACAGAUGCUGGAAGCCACAGCUAGUAUUCACCUGAUGCAUUCCAAGGGAAUUCUUACUUUAGUUUAUCUAGAGCAGAGCUAACCUAAAGAUCUUUCAGUUACUUCACCUCUUGUCACUUAAGAUUCUACUGAAGCUUUGUUUAAUAAAAACAAAUUUAGUUUUUCCUUA